AUGGCGAAGAGUGCUGUCCACGACGUCGGCGCUCGCGCUGCUCUUCGCCGUCGCGGCCCGGUGACGAAGGACUCGACGGUUCGUCGCGUCACGGUGUCGAACGACGACGGCGACGUCCAUCUCGAGAGCUCGGGCGCGGGCUCUGAAAUCGUCCUAAAGUCUCAAAAGGUUCGCGUGGACGGCGACGUGUACUGCUACGACGGCGACGUCGGGAUCUCGCAGCGCGUCGACGGGUUGGCGGUCAAAGACACCGCGUUGAGUGGACGCAUCGAUGAUCUCAACGCCACGGACGCAGAGUUGAAAACCAAAGACGCCGAGCUGAGUGUGCACGUAGCGUCCCUGAACGCCACCGACGCCGCGCUCAAGGGCGUGGACGAAGGGUUAUCGAGCCGAAUCGACGCCUUGGUCGACGUGUACAUUCACGAGCUCAACCUCACCGAUAAGCAACUCGUCGUCACGGACGCCACCCUCGGGUCGCGCGUCGACACUCUGAACGCGACGCAGUACGAGCUCAAGGGCGCGGACGCGGGUCUGUCGAUUCGACUCGACUCGUUGGAGUCGUCGAGGAACGAGUCGCAGCGCGUGGACGCGCACGUCUCGGCGUUGAUCGCGUCUUUGAACGACACGGACGCGACGAUGAAGCGCGUGGACGAAGGGUUGGCGAAUCGAUUGGACGUGUUGAACGCCACGGAUGAUGGAUUGAAGAGUCGGUUGGAUGAUCUCAACGCCACGAAUACAGAGUUGAAAACUAAAGACACUGAAUUGACUGGACGCGUCGACGCUCUGAACACCACAGCUUUAGUUUUGACGCCCCCGAAGUGCAUGCCCCCCGGCGGGGAUAAGUUGCGCUUCGACGGCACCAACUGGUUCUGCGUGUGCGUGGACAACUGGUCCGGGACGACCUGCGAGACGCCGCCGAGCCCGCCGCCGCCGCCGAGUCCGCCGCCGCCGUACGUGACGCCACCGCCGGCGCCGCCGAUUCCACCGCCGUCGGCGCGCGAUCAAAACGUUGAUCACAGCGGCGCGCAGCCGUGGUUGCAACACGCGUAUGCAUCCGUCGUGGGUGCCAUCGAUGACCACUACACUGAGUGGUCGGCCAAGGUGAAGCCGAUCGGCUGGCACACGGCGCGUCUGGCGGAAUCCGGCGACGCCUCCGACGGCGCCGGUAACCCUGAAUUCAAGUACAUUGGCGACGGUAAGGAUGGUAAGACUGACUGGGGCUUCGGUCCGCUCGCGCCGAUUCUCACCAUCGGCGAGGCCGAUGCGAACACCGGCUACGUGCCGGUCGGCGUGCCGGACGGUCUCGGCGUCAUGCGCAAGGACAUCGACACGCUUCGCGUCAUUUUCCAAGCCGAAUCUUACGGCUACCUUUCCGGUGGUCGAUCGUGGUUUAUGCCCGUGAACGGCAACGGCGCCAAGUUCACCGGUUCGCACGUGUCGUACAUCGACUACCGCAUGCCGACCACCGCGGCUGCAUACUCCACGUCGGAUCUCACCAAGCUCUCGUACGAUUUCGCCACCACGGCGGAUUCAAACGCCGUCAGCGCGGCUCCCACCGUGAAAGAAGCUGGGUCCUUGUUCACUGAAGUCUACAACAUGAAGGGCGAAAUGGUCGUCAAGCGCGAUGGCACGAACCAAAUCACCGUGGGCGCCCACUUGGGUGACACGUCCGUCGACGGUCACUACGUUACUUCAGACAUCGCCAACGCCGAGGCGGUUGCCUCCAACGCGUGGACGUUCCACUCCUUCUGCUCGUCUCACCUCGAAGAAGCGCGACAGUGGUACGGUUCUGCCUCCGGCGUCACGUACGGCGUUGAAAACGACAUGUGGGUCACCGUUGAAGAAUGGACGGAUCUCGAUGCGACCAAGACUGCGACGCACGGCUUCGCCGGUCUCACCGCGCACGUCAUCGACAUCGCCUCGAAGAAGCUGUACGCGACCGGCGCUUUCGGUCAAGGCGGCUUCGAAAAGGUUGUCGAAUUCAACUGCGGCCACGAAGACUUUGUGUGCUUCUCUCCUUCCGGCUACAACGGCAUCUUCGGUGGCGAUGCCAUGAAGACCGCCAUCGUCGACCGACGCAAAGCCAUCGCGGCGAAGCGCCCGGAUGGCAACGACUGGGUGUACCCGCAAAACGUCGUUCCCGCGCGCAUUUACGUCGGACGCAAGGGCUACAAGGCUGACGGCACCAAGUGCGGCGCCUCGUGCACGUUCCUCGAGCGCAACGGUCUCGAGUUUGGUCAACUGUACGGCUACGCCGUGCCGACAGCCACGACUGAUCGCGACGCGUGGCACAAGGGCAAGGUGCGCACCGCAUCACCGUCAACGCACACCGUCGCUGGUAAGUGGGCGAAGAUCGCCUGGCAGUUCAACUCGUCCAAUGUGAAGAACGUCGAGGAGUCCGACAUGUUCCACUGGCAAAUCGCACCCGUUCUCCCCAGCGGAGUCACUGGCGUGUACAAGUUCUGGAACGCCAAGGGUAACGAUGCGGCUGGCGCCAAGACUGAGCACAACUCUCCAUCUCCGGUUGGUGAGCAAAAGUUCGAUACGAAGGAUUUUGGCGCAAGUGCAAGUCAAGCAUCUCAACUUGAUUGGAGUGUAUUUGAAAACUGUUCGUGGGGAAUAUGA